AUGUUUAGUGGUGUUUGGCAGUUGUGGCGGAAUAUCCUUCCACGAGACCUAUGUCUCUUUCGCUGCCGAUUUCCUUCCAGUGCCAGAUUUACUUCAAGCGAUGUGGCCCCCUUCCGAUUCCUCAAGCGACCUCAGAGGGGCGGUCAAAAUCUCACGGAGCGAUACCGCAGACUCGAAAACAGUAUUCGGGAGGCGACAUACGAUAUCUCCAGGGAUUCUGCUAGCACUUCUGAGUUACACACUUUGCACAGAUCAUCUGGAAGCGGUGCAUCAGCAAAUACCAUUGCAGGGUUCCCUCCUGCAGAUGACGAGUGUUGCAUGUCGGGAUGUGCCGUAUGCGUGUACGACUUGUACAAGGAUUCCCUUGAUGCGUACAAAGAGUCCGUCGCGACGCUAAAGGCUUCUCUCGCUGCACUAUCGAUCCCUGAGAGCAAAUGGCCCCCGAACAUCCGUGCGACUACAACCCAAUCAUCGAUAACAAUGAAGCAAAAGGAUGUUAUUCUGUCUGCGUUUGAGGAGAUGGAACGUGCUCUAAAGGAGAAGCGAGAUAGGCGAACUGCCGUCGAGGCUGACAGUCAGUCGGUCUCCACCUGACUAGGUCGCCGGUGCUGACGCAGUGGUAGAGAGAGCGAGGGGUGAGGUCUUGGAAGGCGAUAGGGAAGUGGAGACUACCUUUCGAUCGUUGUACGAAGGAUUCCGAUGGAUAUUAUUCCCCAAUCGUUAGUUGGAGGCAUGUUUCUUAUAAGGUUGGGAGCUUUUGUAUGAAAAAUAUUUCUACCACAGAUUCUAAUCAUAAUACCUUUGCAAUUGCUGAAC